CUUUUUCGAUAUUUACAAUCCAAAAACCAUAUCAACAACUCACUCAUAAUGCCGAAACUCUUCAAUAAAAAAGAAGCCCCAAAAGCGCCAGAAAAUAAAGAUAAAGUAAAGGACGAACAUGAUUUCAUUCGAAAAGAAUUCGAGGAGUACUUUAAGAACCCGAAGAAUAACAAAUUCGAAAAGAUCCUCAAAGAUGGUGACUCCAAACCGAAGAAAAAAGAUUUUCAGUUGACACUCAACCUACCCGAGUACAAACCAGAAGAAGUGUUGGUGGCAGCUAACGGAAACGUGGUUGAAGUCAAGGGAAAGCACCAAGAGAAGGAUGAAAAAGGUGAAUUGCAGACUGUAAGAAGUUUCAUCAAGUCCUUUAGUAUAUCGGAAGAUUGUGAUGUGUCUCAGUUGAAGAGCAAGUUCGAAAAGGAUGGCGUUCUCACCAUAAGUGCACCAAGGAAGACUGACCCAUGAGAGCAAUCACUCGCAAUUAUUUAAUAUAGUACGCAAAUUAUUUUUUGUAUUCGGACAUUAUAUUCGACAGUUUUCUGUCCAUUUUA